ACGCGUCAGAUGAAACCGGCCCCUCGGACCUUAGACCUCACCGCAGCUCUUCAGAUUUUAAAGAGAGGGUUAGGAGGACCAGGAGGGACACAAGGGAUGGAAGCAAAAGACUCGAUCCUUAAUCCGAGCCAGAGACAAAGCCGCGCCGGGCAGCCCGCGGCGCGCGGCCCCCACAAUCCGGCCCGAGAUGAACGCUGCGGCAGAAGCCGAGUUCAACAUCCUCCUGGCCACCGACUCGUACAAGGUUACUCACUAUAAACAAUACCCACCCAACACAAGCAAAGUUUAUUCCUACUUUGAAUGCCGUGAAAAGAAGACAGAAAACUCCAAAAUAAGGAAGGUGAAAUAUGAGGAAACAGUAUUUUAUGGGUUGCAGUACAUUCUUAAUAAGUACUUAAAAGGUAAAGUAGUGACCAAAGAGAAGAUCCAGGAAGCCAAAGAGGUGUACAAAGAGCAUUUCCAAGAUGAUGUCUUUAAUGAAAAGGGAUGGAACUACAUUCUUGAGAAAUAUGAUGGGCAUCUUCCAAUAGAAGUAAAAGCUGUUCCUGAGGGCUCUGUCAUUCCCAGGGGAAAUGUUCUCUUCACAGUGGAAAACACAGAUCCAGAAUGUUACUGGCUUACAAAUUGGAUUGAGACUAUUCUUGUUCAGUCCUGGUAUCCAAUCACAGUGGCCACAAAUUCUAGAGAGCAGAAGAAAAUAUUGGCCAAAUAUUUGUUAGAAACGUCUGGUAACUUAGAUGGUCUGGAGUACAAGUUACAUGAUUUUGGCUACAGAGGAGUUUCAUCCCAAGAGACUGCUGGCAUAGGAGCAUCUGCUCAUUUGGUUAACUUCAAAGGAACAGAUACAGUAGCAGGAAUUGCUUUAAUUAAAAAAUACUAUGGAACGAAAGAUCCUGUCCCAGGCUAUUCUGUUCCAGCGGCAGAACACAGUACCAUAACAGCUUGGGGGAAGGACCAUGAAAAAGAUGCUUUUGAACAUAUAGUAACACAAUUUUCAUCAGUGCCUGUUUCUGUGGUCAGCGAUAGCUAUGACAUUUAUAAUGCGUGUGAGAAAACAUGGGGUGAAGAUCUAAGACAUUUAAUAGUAUCAAGAAGUACAGAGGCACCACUAAUAAUCAGACCUGAUUCUGGAAAUCCUCUUGACACUGUAUUAAAGGUUUUGGAUAUUUUAGGUAAGAAGUUCCCUGUUACUGAGAACUCAAAAGGCUACAAGUUGCUGCCACCUUAUCUUAGAGUUAUUCAAGGUGAUGGAGUAGAUAUUAAUACCUUACAAGAGAUUGUGGAAGGCAUGAAGCAAAAAAAAUGGAGUAUUGAAAAUGUUGCCUUCGGUUCUGGUGGAGCUUUGCUACAGAAAUUAACAAGAGAUCUCUUGAAUUGUUCCUUUAAAUGUAGUUAUGUUGUAACCAAUGGCCUUGGGGUUAAUGUCUUCAAGGACCCAGUUGCUGAUCCUAACAAAAGGUCCAAAAAGGGCCGAUUAUCUUUACAUAGGACACCAGCAGGGAAUUUUGUUACACUUGAGGAAGGAAAAGGAGACCUUGAAGAAUAUGGUCAUGAUCUUCUCCAUACUGUCUUCAAGAAUGGGAAGGUGACAAAAAGCUAUUCAUUUGAUGAAGUAAGAAAAAAUGCACAGCUGAAUAUCGAACUGGAAGCAGCACGUCAUUAGGCUUUGUUUUAUGACUGGGUAUGUGUGCGUGUGGCCGCGUGUGCGUGUGUGCGCCUGUGUAAUACAUAAUGUUUAUUGUACAGAUGUGUGGGGUUUGUGUUUUAUGAUGCAUUAUAGCCAAAUUAUUUGUUGGUUUAUGGACAUACUGCCCUUUUCAUUUUUUCUUUUUUCCAGUGUUUAGGUGAUCUCAAAUUAGGAAAUGCUCUUAACCAUGUAAAAGAUAAUUGCUACAGUAAGCUUUUUAGGGCCCUUUGCCAAUAGGUAGUAAUUCAAUCUGGUAUUGAUCUUUUCACAAACAGAAUCAAGAAACUUUUAUAUAUAACUGAAGAUCACAUAAAACAGAUUUGCAUAAAAUUAUCAUGAUUGCUUUAUGUUUAUAUUUAACUUGUAUUUUUGUAUAAACAAGAUUGUGUAAGAUAUAUUUAAAGUUUCAGUGAUUUAACAGUCUUUCCAACUUUUCAUGAUUUUUAUGAGCACAGACUUUCAAGAAAAUACUUGAAAAUAAAUUACAUUGCCUUUUGUCCAUUAAUCAGCAAAUAAAACAUGGCCUUAACAAAGUUGUUUGUGUUAUUGUACAAAUUGAAAAUUAUGUCAGGACAUACCCAAUAGAAUUACUAACCCUCACUGCCCCUUGUAGAGUAUGUAUUAAUCAUUCUACAGUAAAGGAAAUAAUGGUUCUUACUGGAAUGUCUAGGCACUGUACAGUGAUUAUACACGUUGGUCAUUGUAUUCUACCAGUGAAAUGCCAAAUUUGAAAGGCCUGUACUGCAAUUUUAUAUGUCAGAUAUUGCCUGUGGCUCUAAUAUGCACCUCAAGAUUUUAAGGAGAUUUUUAGAGAGAAUUUCUGCUUACACUAUAGAAUAUAUACAUAAAUGUAAAAUACUGACAGAAAUGGAAGUAGUGUAUUUUAAAGUAAUUACACUUCUGAAUUUAUUUUUCCUAUUCUAUAGUUGAUAUGACUUAAAUGAAUUACUGGAAUGGGUAGUGAGUGUACUUAUUUUAAAUGUUUUGAUUCUGUUAUUUUUUCAUUAAGUUUUUCGAAAAUUAAAUUGGAUAUUCAAUUUUAUGGACAUCAUUUAUUAAUUUUAAACUGAAUCCCUCAAUAAAUAAUGCUCAAGCAAGCUCUUAAAUGAAGAUAAAUUAUCCCGAAUGAAAAACAUGACGACAUGAGUUUGAAUAGAAGAAUCUGGACCAAAAGUGGAAAAGUGGCUAAAUUCAAAGUGUUCAACAUCAGCCUGUUCUAGAGUGAUUAAACUACUAGAUUCUGAGUCAGUCAUCACAGCUGACUAGAGACCAGGGUGUUUUAGAUAUCCUUUCUGUUCUAAGGCAGGGAUUGGCCAGCUGUGGCCUGCAGGCCAAAUUCGGACUACUCUUUGUAAACACAUAUUGUCUAUGGCUGCUUUCUCACAGCAGCAGCAGAAACUGAGUCGUUGCACUGGUGACCUUAUGACCCACAAAGCCUGAAAUGUUUAUUAUCUGGCCCUUUACAGAAAAGUGUGUCGAGCCUUGUUGUAAGAAAAGGGGUGUGCCUUGAUACGGAGUUUUUCUCUUGUCUUUUCUCAUUUAAGAAUCUGAUAUUAGAAGACUGUUUAGAAAAGCUUUAGCAACAUGACAUUAAAAGUGAAAUUUUAAAAAUGGAAAAGCCAUAAAUCAUUUUGUCCUAAACAGUUACUUGAGAAAGUAUUUUAUCACUAGAGUAAGUAAAGAGUAGGAGUAUUAAGAAGAACACACCUUUCUUCACAAAAUGUGCUAAGGGGCUUAUAGAGAAGUAAAAGAAACUAUUACCAGUAACAACUUGGUGACCGCCCAUAAUUUUGGUUUUGUUUAAACACUGGCAUUAUACUACAGAUAACAGUCUUUAUGCACUGUGAGUUUCAGCAGUUUCAGAGCAUCCAGAGUUUUAUUUUAAAACUUUCAGUGAAUGCUAAAAUCUGUACGUUUGUACAUGGCCAUACAUUGGGGGAAUGGAAUUAUUCAUUCUAUUAGCUCUUAGCCACUUGGAAUUGAUUAAUCCUGAAUCUUCAUCAUGUAAGCACUUAGUAUUUGGCUAUCCUGAGUAGCUCCUGGGUAACAUAGGUAUCAAAUAGAACUCUGUUGUGUCACCCUUAAAUCAGUCUGACUCUUCCAGACAAAAGCAAAUGGCAUGUAUGGGUUUGCUUAAGUCGCUAAACUUGCAGUUGACAACAGUUAAUCCCCCUCAAUUCAUAGUAUCAUGAAGUAUUUGUAUUUUAAAUAGGAGAUAGGAGUUCUGCGUUGACGCUUUAUUUGUACUCUGUACUUAAGGGAUAAUCAUUAAAACCAUUUUACUUUAUUUCCUUUCUUGAAAUAAAUUGUUAUGAAAAACAUUUUAUAAUGAAAUCCAUCUUGGAAAACUAGAAAGAGAAAAAUGGCAAGGUAAUUACUGUUCUGUUUGCCAUAAUUUAGAAUUCAAACUUAAACAAGUAUUUUGUAGUUUUACAUUCCUUUUUAACCCAUUCAGUGGAGAAUGUCAGCUUUUCUCCCAAGUUGUAUGUUAAAUCAAUCUAAUAUGUAUUCAACAUCAAAGAUAAACAUGUAAUAAACAUGGAAAUAAAGUUUAGCUCUA